AAGUGAAUCAGACUUCAAGUCUCUAUCCCGAGAUGACUUAUGUUCCAGGUGGAAACAGCAGGAGGUUUAUGUACAUGCAUUGGAGACUAAGUGCUCAGAGCUCAACUAAUAUCAGAUGGUGACGAGAGGGCGUACAGGAGCGAGAUAUGCUAACUAGUGGAGUGGUGUUGCAGCAACAACCUGGCACUCAACGUCAGUAAGAUGAAAGAGCUGAUUGUGGACUUCAGGAAGGCAAAUGAUGUAAGUGGAUUAAGAGAGUCAGAAGAGAAGCUAAAACAGCAGCAACAUGAGUCAGCCCGAAGGGAGAACAUUCUGCUUAUGCGGCUAGCCACCAAGGAGCAUGAAAUGCAGGAGUGUACGAACCAGAUUCAGUACCUCAAGCAAGUCCAACUGCCCAGUGCUGCACAGCUCCGAAGCACCUUGGUUGAUCCUUCCAUUAACUUGUUUUUCCUUAAAAUGAAGACUGAACUGGAACAGACUAAAGACAAACUGGAACAAGCCCAAAAUGAACUGAGUGCCUGGAAGUUUACACCUGAUAGCCAAACGGGGAAAAAGCUGAUGGCCAAGUGUCGGAUGUUAAUUCAGGAAAACCAGGAACUGGGAAGGCAGCUAUCCCAGGGGCGUAUUGCACAACUGGAAGCUGAGUUGGCUCUUCAGAAGAAAUACAGUGAGGAGCUCAAGAGCAGCCAGGAUGAGCUGAAUGAUUUCAUUAUCCAGUUGGAUGAGGAGGUGGAAGGGAUGCAAAGUACGAUCAUGGUUUUGCAGCAACAGUUGAAAGAGGCACGCCAGCAGUUGGCUCAGCUUCAAGGACAACAGCAGCAUCACCAGGCGCUACCCUCUGGCACCUGUAGGACUCCAGUUCUUGAGCCUUCUGCCCAAGUGGAGACCAUUAGUAAAGACUGCAGCCGAAUAGUCAACGGACCAACUAAUGGUGAUUCUUCGCCGCAAGGGAGAGCAGCAGCUGCUUAUCAAGACAAGACUAAUCUCUACAGGGAAGGAAGCAGCACAGAGGAUGAUUUCCCAUCAUCUCCUGGGAGUGGGAAUAAACUUUCAAACCACAGUGAAGAAAAGCUGGACCGAGCAGGCAGCGGUAGCAUGUAUCAGCUAGGUCCUGGAUAUGAGAGUGUAGACUCCCCUACUGGUAGUGAGAACUCUCUUACUCAGCACUCAAAUGACACAGACUCUAUCAAUGACCCUCAGGAAGAUAAACCACUUCUUGUGAAAGGUACUAGAACUAUGGGUUCCCGCCAUGUUCAAAAUGGGUUGGACUCAGUCAGCACACAGGGGUCAGUUUUGUAACGUUUAACGGGCUUUGUCUGCAGUCUUUUUUAUAUAUUGUCAUUUUAUUUGGCUGACGGCUGUCCAGUGACUGAUAAAGGUAGUGUGUAACUUCUGUUAAAAAUUUCAGCCUUUUGUGUUUUGCUUUCUUGUAAAACUGUUGCUACUGUUCGGUUUUUUUUAAAAAAGCAUCAUAAUUCCGUUGGCUGUUGCUGAAACGAUGUUGAUACAUGUAGACCCAAGUUAUUUUUUUAUAUGAUUUAAUCUGAAUAAAAUGUAUUAUAACAACUUUAACAUGGGAGACAUUGUGUAAAAUUGGGCCUGGUUCAUCUAGAAGUCCAGUGGAAUGUUAUUGGCUUUUUACCCCAAACCAUUAUACAGUCCUGUAACAAGAAAAGGUUGCACCACAAACAUGUGUGAUGAUUAUGUUAGCUUGCCAAAUGCAGUAGUUACUUUUCCAAAGGAAGUUUGGAUGUUGUACUUGGCAUAUUCAAGUUUGGGAAGUCUUGUGUAGUUUGUUAACUACAGUGACAUUUUACACCAUCCAUAUGUGUUGCAUUUUCCCCAGUGAACAUGGCUGUGCUUUUAAAAAAAAGUGUAUAUUGUUACCCAGUUUCUAGGCAAGAGUUGUUUCCUCUGUAAUGCGUAUUCUGUGAAAUCCCCAGAAAUCCCUCACCUGUACUGACCAAACUUAAUAAAGUCUUUUAAUAGUCAA